AUGGCGAAAGCCCUGCUUUUGCUGCCGCUGCUGGCAGCAGCAGAUGGGAUCGCAACAGACGGGAUCCACGAGGCACUGGACCAGGACGACACAUGCUCCGACCCUUCUUGUGCACUGGGCCUGCUCCACGUACGAGGAAAUGCCACCAGUGAGGAGGUAGCAGAUUACCAGCCGGGGCGAGAAACAGGGGUCUCCUGUAUGUGGAGCAACUGCGAUACUGCUAAAUUGGGCGAUGUGACCUGUCAUCACUUUCGGUGCAUUUGCAAAGACAAGGCCCAGUGGAGCGAAGAAAGGAAGACCUGUGUGGAGGAAUCGGCUUCCCAGGUCAGCCAGGACACAGGCGGCACCUGCAGCUGGUUUGGCUGCAGCAAGAGCCGAGGAGAAGUGUCGUGCGUGAAGGGACGCUGCUUGUGCAACGAUGGCUAUGUGGCCUUCAAGGGCAAGUGCUACAAGACCACCACCACGACAGCUGCGCCGGAGACAACGACAGGCACAUGGCCCGACGUCGUCGCCUCAUUCACCACGAAGCCUUUCGUGCCACCACCGCCACCGCCAGCGCGACACCAUGAUGCGCCAGCACCGUCGCCGCCGAAGCCGCCCAGCGAAAAAUCAACAGCGAAGUGGGUAACGAGCAGCGAAGUGGGUAACGAGGGUCCAAGUCUCUCUUUCGGAGUGUUCACUCUUGGAGGGCGACAGGGAAGCUUCAGCUGUCGAAUCGGCUUGCUAUUCCUGUCUGCGGCACCUGCGAAAGACGGACGCGUCUCGCAGAUUCUGCAGUUUUGGCUGCAGAUCUGGUUCAGGAAUACAGGAAGACGGCUGUGGCAUGAUUUGCUCUCUCUCUCUCUCUCUCUCUCUCUCUCUCUCUUGCUGUGGCGCGCUGUGCCGUCCUCCCUCACACUCGCAUGUACACCCACACGGCACAUGCAGCGCGUCUGCGCACAUGUAUACCUGUUCUAUGCAUAUAAUAUAGCAUAUACAUACAUAUACAUGUUGAAUGACGUUACAUGA